CAGUGUCGCGCGCGGUGUCAUUGUUUCGUCUGGUCCGUUGUCCGUAUCGGCGGAUGGAACUGCGGCAACAGAACAGUUUGAUACCAUCACCACUUCAUUUCCGCCAGGCUCAGUGGACAAUAGCGCGCCCAUCAGUGUGCUCCAAUUGGGAUCUAAAACACACGUUGUAUCUGAGAAAUACUGGCUUUACCACCUUAAAACGACUUCCGAUAGCAAGAAGUCACCUCGUCAACAUUUCGCAGCACUGGUCCAAAGAUUGUUUGACAGCACAUCAGGUAACUCGCCAUCGAACACAGCCCCAACAAUCCUGUACGAAGCGUACUUUCGACACACCAACAGCUCAAGCCUCAAGGUCGAGGAGGCGGGGCUACAACCGAGUAAUCUGCACGUGUUGGGAGGGGUGGAUCAUUCACUGCACUGCUCCGCCAGUGUUCCACGCGUACAAGCACUUUUUGACCGUCUUUGUCCUGGUGAAGUGUUUCUCCCACCAGCGCCAGCACAAGAUGAGAUCGAUUGGGAUGCCAUGGCAGAGAACAAAGCAGAUGGCACGGAGGGGCCUGCCCAAGAUAAAGACUCUCCUAGUUUAGAAAGUGCGAAUGAAUCGGAGUCGACCCCUGUCGCUGCAGAGUGAAGCUCAAAAUUGAACAGAGUGACUGAGUGUAGGGUGGGAAUGAUGUGGCCAGGUCUCUUAGGUAAGAGGGAUACUGCUGAUAUGAACGGCAGCCAGGCUGGCACGAAGGAAAGUGAUAGCGCGACAGGGGCAGACGAUCGUGAGAGCAAUGUCUGAUAUGAGAGUUGGAAAUAUGGAAUUUAAAGGCUGCGGGGCGAGCCUAAAAGGAAACUGGUCAGGUGAAAAUAUGUUAUUAGGAAAGUGCGAAUGUCGAUCAACGAACAUGUCGGCGAGAUGCGGCGGUGUCGUCCAGCGGCAAGACUUAUUGGAUUGGUUGUGUUUUGUUAGACUGCGCUUAAUAUGGGAACGACAUAUUAAUAGAGCGAGAAAUAGUUUGUAUAUCAAAUCAGUGGUAUGUUUUGACCGUUUGGCCGCUAAAUACGCUGAGGAAGAUAUCGUAUCGCACCCGACCACAGUGUCGCAUUUGGCGAUGAGGAAAUACACUUUUCUACUUAGAGUUUGAUCAUCAAAUCUCUGACAGAAUGGCACCGCCUGUUCGGAAGCUGGACUUAAUGGUUGGUCAGUUGAUUUCGAAGAUAUUGUUGUUGCAACGAUAUAUGAUAUGGCGAGAAAGCAAGUGCAGCGUAGCUGUCGCUGACAAAUGGUCACUACAGUAGAGAUCGAAUACUGAAAACGAGAAGAGGCAGACAUUGUCUGUAGAGUCGCAGGACAUAUCCGGUUAUAGCUACAUCGCCUUGCGACACAUCAUAGGAAAGCUUCAGCGCAAACUCUAAUCGGACCAGCUUGCUAGCAGACGAAGAGUCGAAUGGAGUACGCGUUCACCGGACGUAUGAUCGACCAACUUGAUUAGUUGGUGCGAACAAAUCGCCUCGGAUAUAGCAUGAUACCGAUGCUGAUGAAAUGAUAUGUGGUCUGCUGAUUUUCAGGGCGAAUGGAGAAUUGUAAGGCGUGCGCUCAAGAUUUUAAAACAGUACCAUUCGUGACUCGCGAUUGGAUUCGUCAGCUUUAGAUAGCGCUAGGUAUUUGGGCCUACUCUCAGACGUAUACUAGCGGCAACGACUGUCGCCAUUAUUGCCGCAAGGGUCCCCCUCCCUAUGUGAUUGAUCUCUUUCGCUUGGCUUAUGUUGGAAACAUCCAUUAAUCUGAAAAUCUUAAGGGGCGAAAAUACACAAAGUGGAGUCGGCAUCAAACAAAUGACUAUGUAUGUUUUAUUUAGAUCAAACUGAGCCGACGAGAUGUGAACUGUCAAAUGUUAUUCUCUGCCAAUCAAUGAGCACUUUGAUAUUUGUACGCCUCCAUGGUGUUAGCAACCCAUGAAGGGUCUCGGUAGUAAUUAAUAAAUCUAAG